CACGCGACGGCGAGAGCGUGACCCCCCGGUUCAAACCUUCCCUCCAAAUGUGGCAAAUCGGCGUGCAGCGCCCUGCAUGCCCCAAUCCGGGGUGGCUUUCCAAAACGCGCCGUGGUGACUGGUGAGCGGGCGCCAACUGGGCCGCCACCAGCAGUAGGAGGAGUAAUCAAUGUUUUUUUUUUUGCAGUGGCAGCGGCGGCGUAUCUGCCUGCAAGCAAAACCUCCCCGUCUCCGGCGUUUAAUUCGAGGCGAGUGCCGCGAUCGAUCGAUGGGAGGCGAACGUUACAUCGGCGAUCGGAUUAUCUACUGACCGAGCUCCCGGUGUCUUGUUCCUCGUACCCCUCUCGUCUUCCCCUUGUCUCCUGCGAAACCGAGCGUCGAGCGCGAGCGUUCAGACGGAGCGAGGGGGUGCUCCGGCGUCGGGGGAAUUCUAUCGGCUUUGGACCGAUGGGGAUGGGGCGCUUCGUCUUCGUCCUGCUCGUCUUCUCGUGCUGUUCUUCCUCCCGAUUUGCAGAUGCCUAUGACCCGAUGGAUCCAAACGGGGACAUCACGAUCGACUGGGAUUUCCAGAGCCUCGACGUCAAGGCCGCGAACACGUACACGGUCAUGGUGAGCAUCCACAACCGCCAGCUGUACCGCCACAUCGAGCGGCCGGGGUGGCGGCUGAGCUGGAGCUGGGCCGGCAAGGAGGUGAUCUGGGACACGAGGGGCGCGGAGGCGACGGAGCAGGGCGACUGCUCCCGCGUCGGCGGCGGGAGCCGCCCGCACUGCUGCCAGAAGCGGCCCGUCAUGGUGGACCUGCCGCCCGGCACGCCGUUCAACCAGCAGGUCGCCAACUGCUGCCGCGGCGGCGUGCUGUCAUCCCUCUCUCAGAACAACCUCACGUCCACGGCCGCGUUCCAGAUGGUCGUCGGCGAGUACGCCGCCGCCAGGGACGGCGGCAGCAAGGAGCCCGAGAUGCCGUGGGGCUUCGACAUCGGCGUGCCGGGGUACUCGUGCAGCAACGCCACCAAGGUGCCCCCGACCAGGAGCAAGGUCGACAGGAACCGCCACGUCCAAGUGCUCCUGACGUGGCGGGUGACCUGCUCGUACUCGCAGUACCGGGAGGCGGGGGUGCAGUCGUGCUGCGUGUCCCUGUCGACGUUCUACAGCAGCGGCAUCGUGCCAUGCCCGCGCUGCAGCUGCGGCUGCCAAGGCUCCCCGACGUCGCCGCAGUGCGUCAGCGGCGGUGAGCCGGCGCCGCCCCCGCCGGCGGGCGGCGGCGACGACGACGACGAGCCGGCCGCGCCGCUAAUCCGGUGCUCCGAGCACAUGUGCCCGAUCCGGGUGCACUGGCACGUGAAGGUGAACUACCGGAGGUACUGGCGGGUGAAGGUGACGGUGAGCAACUACAACCUGGUGAGGAACUACAGCGACUGGAACCUGGUGCUGCAGCACCCCAACCUGCGCAGCCUGACGCAGCUCUUCAGCUUCAACUACAAGCCCCUCGUCGAGUACGGCACCUACAACGACACGGGGAUGUUCUGGGGGAUACGGUACUACAACGAGAUGCUGCUGCAGGACGGGAACGUGCAGACGGAGAUGAUACUGGAGAAGAGCGAGGGCGAGUUCACCUUCUCGGGGGGCUGGGCGUUCCCGAGGAGGGUCUACUUCGACGGGCACGAGUGCGUCAUGCCGCCGGCGGACCAGUACCCAGCGCUGCCCAACGGAGCGGCGGCGACGCGGGGGCAGUCGUCGCUGGCCGCCGGCGCUUGCAUGGUGCUGCUGUCUUUCUUAGCUCUGGUGUAGAAUUAUUUUUUCACCGUGUAGCAGGGGGGACAUGUCCGCAUCUUCACCGUGACAAAAGGUCAAGAGAGAGAAGAGCGAGUGCAAAAUCAGGCGUCGUAUGAUGGCGGCGCAGGAAGCGAAAGGUAGUUGUACCAUUAGCUGCACUGCAACUAGCAUGAUUGGGAUUUGGGAACUGACCCUGACGACGAAUGAAUGAAUGAUGCAGACACGAA